AUGAAAUAUAACGAUAGAAUAGUCACAAAGAUUGACGGUAUCAAUGCAUUCAAUUAUAUCAAACAAUUUGCUGGGCAAUAUUCACUUAUCAGUAAAGAUAAAAAUGUCAAAUUGAAUUCUGUUUUUAAAGAAGAAUUUUGGUUGCGAAAUCUUGCACGUUAUCCAUUACCAUCAAGCAAUAAUAUAAGAUUUACGUUUUUGGAUAAUAAUGAAUUAACAUUAACAUUUCCUUAUCUAGUAAUAAUGACAAAAAAAAUCGAUAAUCAAGCUAGUUUGGAAAAUGACAACAUGUUUUCGUCAACAGCAUUGUUCGAUCAAACAAUGGUUUUGAAUUAUGUAACGAAUUUUGAAAAAUUAAAUUGGUAUAAUGAAAAUCAAAGUGAUAACUUUGAUUAUAUAAUGGGUGGUAAUACUACUUAUUAUUAUGUUCAUAAACGAACAAAAACAGCCGUUAUCAAGCUCGGAUCGUUUACUCAGGAAAAUUUUCAGGAUGUGAAAAAUAUUUUUUUGUUGGCUUCUGGAAACAUAUUAAUCAUAGACUUAAUUGGUAAUCAUGGUGGUCAUAGUUGUAUAGCUUACAGUUUACUCAACUAUUUAGUUCCAGAAUAUUCUAAUCUGGGUGUGUUGUAUGAACCAAUGGAUGCUAGAACAACAAAAUCGUUAAUAUCAUUUUCGAGAGCGUUUAACUUCUAUCCAAAUUCAAUAUUAAAUCUUCAAACUGGCCUGCCAUUUACAAAUAUGGACUGGAUACAACCGUAUAUUAAUUACACAAGAGGAAAUUUAACUGAUGAAUAUUCAAUGAAAUGGUCUAUUAAUUGUGAUGGGGAAGCAUUUGGUAUGGGACAAUUUUGGCUCAAAAAUGGUACUAAUACAACAUAUUUUAAAUCGAUUUAUGUUUUAACUGAUGGUACGUGUGGUAGUGCUUGUAGCUUAUUUUUAUCUAAGUUAAAAUUUGGCUCCAAUUUUAAAAAGGCUUAUGGUAUUGGUGGUGGGUACGAUGGCAAUAAUGUAUUUGAAAGUUCAAGCUAUGCUGGUGGUGGCGCAUUUAAUUGGAACGAUAUUGUCACAUAUUAUACUCUAGUUGGUGCCAACGAUUCGUCCAUUAGCUAUUUACCAACAAGUGCAUUCUUGAAUUUGAAUGUUUAUGAAAUAUAUAUCAAUAGGCUCAACCCUGAUUAUCCAAGAGAAUUCUUGUCACAGUCAAUUGAUAAACAAGUAACCAGUUCCGAUUAUUUCAACUUAGAAUCAGCUUUCGAACAAAUCAUUAAUGAUGAAAGUCCACCGUUUGGAUAUGCUCCAAUUAUAAACAGUUCGUUAAAGAUAAUCAUUAUGAGUCUACUCACAUUAAAAUUACUCUUAAACUCAACUCAUCAAGUGGCAUACAUUUAA